AUGCCGUUCGGGUUGAAGAACGCCCCAUUGAUCUACCAGCAGCUUCUGGACAAUUGUCGUUGGGGUUUCGUACGGCUACCCCCGGAAGAUGAACGGGUUGUCGACCCGGAGUAUCCCAGGGCACGAAGCCCCGGGGGGGCGGUGGUCUCCAGGACCAGCACAGACACCGUGUUCCAUCAGAACCAGGUCGCCCCGGAGCAGAUGAGGCCUGUGCUUUCGUACAUCGUUGACAUCAUCUACGGAGCUCCGUCCUGGCAUACCCUGUGCAAAACGCUGAAUGCCCUCCUAUAUCGACUGCGGUACUGGAACAUUUCGGUGAGCCUUCCGAAGAGUGAGUUUGGGGUCAAGAAAUGCAAGUACCUCGGGCACGACAUCAGCUCGGACGGAAUCCGGACGUCGCCGAAGCUAGCGGAAAAGGUCCUUAAUUUGUCUUUCCUGAAGACCCAGAAGGGAGUACAGUUCUUCCUCGUGAGCCUCAGCUACUAUGCUAAGUUCAUCGAGGACCUACCCGUGCUCGGAGCUACCCUCUACGAAGCAUCAGACGAGCAACGCCGCUCGGGACGAGAUCUGGAGAAGGCCAAACAUGCCUUCAAGAUACUCAAGGACCGAUUAGUGUCGACACCACUACUCCAGCACCCCGACCCCGGGAGGCAGUAUGUAAUCAUAUUGCACGCCAAUCCCUGGGCUAUCAGCGCAGUUCUCGGGCAAGAUAACGACGGCACCAUAUUACCUGUGCGGUUCGUGGGACGAGUUCUCCAAGAUACCGAACUCCGGUACCACCCCGCCGAGAAGGAAGUCCUAGCGCUGCUCCGAGUCCUGAACACAUGCCACACCAUGAUUACGAGUUGUUCCGAGAAGAAAAUUCGCGUGUAUACCCGGUACUCAGUGCUGGCGUGGCUGUUCAAGUCCAAGACGGUGGACGGGAGGUACCUCAAGUGGGCGGUCAACCUGUCUCCCUGGGACCUGGAUAUUCGGCGAGUCGAGAACGACAAAGAUGGCUUGGCGGCGACGUCUCAACGAUGUCGCCGAGAACUUAGUUCCGGAAAAGGGCUUCCGGAUCAAGACACCCCUAGUCAGCCUAGAAAUGCUCUCUAG